CCUCCACCUUUCGCAACAAGUCUGACAUUUCUACCUCCCUUGGUCGACCUCCAGUCUCCCCCCUCUUCUUAUCUCCCCUCUCCACCUCCAGCUCAGGAUCAACACCGCCAGAACUCGUCUCCGGAAGCAACGCAGCGGUCUAUACGGAGAACGCGCAGAGAUCGACAGAGCAACACGAAGGCGCGCGUAUCAAUCGAAUUGGAGCUCUGAACAUGCGGAGGUCGGACUGGGAGGACCGGUGCAGGCGGCACCCUGAGCACCGGCUGUCCAAGGGCGUGUGCCCGGGCUGCCUCCGCGACCGGCUAACCCACCUCUCCGCCAGCUCCUCCGCCACCACCACCAUGACGCGGGCCUCCAACGACUCCGCCAGCACCUCCUCGCCAUACUCCUUCACCGGCUCCCCUCCGCCCAACCACCACGCCGCCUCCCUCUCCGCCGACGUCAGCUCCGUCCACGUCGCCGGCGGAGGCUCCUCCUUCGUCAACGUCUCAGCCUUCUCGCAGCCGCUCAUGCCGACUUCAUCCAAGAAACCAGCAGGGAGGAAAGACGAGGCCGCGAGGGGGAAGGAGGGCGAGGCGAAGAAGAAAAAGAAGAGCAGCAGCAGCAAGAAGAAGAUCGGGAGGUUCCUGUCGAGGCUCGUCGGGUCGGAGAAGCGGCGGAGAACAGGGGACAGCGACGGCGGCGGCGAGCUCUUCCAUUCCAGCACCAUGAAGGAGAAAUCGUCGACCAAGUGGGUGUUCUUUUGAUCGUACACCACUGGCCGCGCCGGCAGACUACGGCCACCACCCAUGCAAACUAUGCUUGGGUUUCUCUCGGUUCUCGGGUAUCGGUCGAUUUUCUUUAGGUUUCUCUGUUUUGUACAAGUAUUCUUGUGCUUGAUUUGAUGUUUCCCCCCAAAGUUAUUUUGGGACCGUGUAUACGAGAUCAAGUAAUUGACCGACCAUACAUAAGAAGAAGCAUACUCCUGUAAUUUUUUUUGCAUUCCGUAGGACAAAGCGCAUGAUGUAAAUUAAGUUGUGCCUGUAUUGUAUUUAGCAUAGCUUAUACAAAAGCUUUUCCUGGAACUCAAGAAUUACACAAUAGCUCUGUUUAAUUAGGUCAGUGUGGGAAGGAUAUAUGAACUUUGGAUCAUGCAAAAUACUAAAGAAAAGAGAUGUUCAUACUC